UUACUCACAGCACUACACAUGCCAGGAGAAGGCUUUGUGUCUCCUUCCUAGAGGUGGAUAAUGAGAGUGCACACUGCAAUCAUCCCAGGCACAGCACCAUCCAUCUGCAAUCUCCUCCAGAUCCCAGCCAAGCCCCCAGGCUCUCAGGAGACCCCCUCCUUACAUACACACCAUAAGAGGAGAGCUAGAGGAUGAGAUCCACUGACUGAUCACUUCUGCUCUGUGUCUUCUCCCCUGUGCUCAGGGCACCUGCUAUGGAUGCUGAGCGUUUGGAGUGUCUGUCCUAUGUGCAGCCUGUGCUCCCCCCUGCAGAGGAGGAAGACAGCUGGGAGGGAUCUGAUGAAACUGUGGGUGAUCAGGAGGAGCAGGAAGUGUCAGAUCCCCAAUAUCUACAGACCCCUCAACUGGGGAAAGAUGUCACGUGUGACCUCAAACCAUGUAUCCAGCCCUACAAAGCAUGGGCCCCUACUAUCUUCUCCUGCUUUGGGAAAGAGCACCUCUGGUUUGCAGGGUACGAAAUUAUUAUCCAGGAGUCCUUUGAAGGUUACGCUGGAGUGAUCUGGCCUGGAGCCAAGGCAUUAUGUUAUUUCUUGGAAGAAAACCAAGAUGAAUUUGACUUGAGAAACAAGAAGGUUCUUGAAAUCGGCUCUGGAACAGGACUAGUAUCGAUUGUUGCAUGCAUCUUAGGAGCUCACGUCCUAGCAACCGACUUACCCGAUGUACUUGGCAAUCUGAGAUUUAAUGUGGCAAGAAACACAAGAGGGCGCUCUUUGCAUACUCCCGAAGUGAAAGAACUGGCAUGGGGUCAAGACCUUGAAUCCAACUACCCCAAAAUCACUUGUGCAUAUGAUUAUAUUCUGGCGGCGGAUGUAGUCUACCAUCAUACCUGUCUGGACCAUCUUCUGGAAACUAUGAAACACCUGUGCCAGCCUGGAACACAGUUAAUUUGGGCUAAUAAAUUCAGAUUUAAUACUGAUUUAGAUUUUUUAGCAAAGUUUACCGAGUCUUUUCAGACAGAAGUGCUGGCAGAGUUCCCAGAUUUAGAGGUUAAAAUCUUCAAAGCGAGACAUAAAAUAGAUUAGAUAUACAUGGGAGAUCAUUUAUUCAUUAAGAUUGCGCAUAUUUUUAAAUGACUUAUAUUUGUUGCAGAGUUUGCAGUAAUAACUGUCUGAAACACCAGUAGCUGAAUUUCUUAUAAGUACCUAACUUAAAGUAGAAGAAAUCAGACAAUUAUUGCAUCAUGAAUUAAGAGUAACAAUUCACUAAAUUAAUAAUUCAUUUUAAAUCACAAGUUUUUCUAGAUUUUUAAAGUUGAAUUCAUGGGCACUGCCAAAAUUGACAUAAAUUAUACAAUCUAUCACUAGCAGUGACACGGCAGUUUUUGCUGUUUAAUUGUAUUACCAUAAUUUUAUUCCCCGUUUAUUAUGACAGAUCUGUUGAUCUCCUUCCUGUAACAGGGAGACAAUCGUGUUCAUUUGACAGUAAAACCACUUCCGUAUUGUUAUCCUGAUGACAGGGCAAUUUUAUAUGGACAUGUAGUCUCAAAUAGACU